CCCAUUUUCCUCAUCUCCCCCCAUCCCCGCCCUCCUCUCGACCUUUUUCUUGCCCGCUACUCUCGUCUUUCUUCCCUCUACACUUUUUCUUCUUUUUUACCAAAGAAUCUUUCCCCCCCCUCUCCCCCCCUAUAAUCCUCUUCACACAUCUCCAUCACAAUGACUGCCAACUCGCACAACGAGGGUACCUUCCUCUUCACUUCCGAGUCCGUCGGUGAGGGUCACCCCGAUAAGAUUGCCGAUCAGGUUUCCGAUGCUAUCCUCGACGCCUGCUUGGCUGAGGACCCCCUCUCCAAGGUUGCUUGUGAGACUGCCACCAAGACCGGCAUGGUCAUGGUUUUCGGUGAAAUCACCACCAAGGCCAAGCUUGACUACCAGAAGGUCGUCCGUGACGCCAUCCAGGACAUUGGCUACGAUGACUCCUCCAAGGGUUUCGACUACAAGACCCUGAACUUGCUCGUUGCCAUUGAGCAGCAGUCCCCUGAUAUCGCUCAGGGUCUCCACUACGAGGAAGCUCUCGAGAAGCUUGGUGCUGGUGACCAGGGUAUCAUGUUCGGUUAUGCCACCGACGAGACCCCCGAGCUCUUCCCCCUCACCCUCAUGCUCGCCCACAAGCUCAACGCUGCCAUGUCUGCUGCCCGCCGCGACGGCUCCCUCCCCUGGUUGCGCCCUGACACCAAGACUCAGGUUACUGUUGAGUACAAGCACGACAACGGUGCCGUUGUCCCCAUUCGCGUCGACACUGUCGUCGUUUCCGCCCAGCACUCUCCCGAUAUCACCACCGAGGAGCUCCGCAAGGAGAUCCUUGAGAAGAUCAUCAAGACCACCAUCCCCGCUCAGUACCUUGAUGACAAGACCGUCUACCACAUCCAGCCCUCUGGUCUCUUCAUCAUUGGUGGUCCCCAGGGUGAUGCCGGUCUCACUGGCCGCAAGAUCAUCGUCGACACCUACGGUGGCUGGGGUGCCCACGGUGGUGGUGCUUUCUCCGGCAAGGAUUUCUCCAAGGUCGACCGUUCUGCUGCCUACGUCGGCCGCUGGAUCGCCAAGUCCCUUGUCGCUGCUGGUCUCGCCCGCCGUGCCCUCGUCCAGCUCUCCUACGCCAUUGGUGUUGCUGAGCCCCUCUCCAUCUACGUCGACACCUACGGCACCUCCGAGAAGACCUCUGCCCAGCUCGUUGAGAUCAUCCGCAACAACUUUGAUCUCCGCCCUGGUGUCAUUGUUCGCGAGCUCAGCCUCGACCGCCCCAUCUACCGCCAGACCGCCAAGAACGGUCACUUCGGUACCAACCAGAGCUUCACCUGGGAGCAGGUUAAGAAGCUCAACUUCUAAGCGCUGUGUGAUGGCAGUACUUUGAAGGAUGAUGUGGAGAGCUUUCAACAGCGCUCUCUUUACGAUUCAUUAUUAAAAAAUCUGGAAUGAUAGACGUGUUUAAUGUCCAUUUUUGUCAGGAAACGACAGGCGGCGUACGGUUCUCAACGACCUCUUUUUUAUUUGCUUUUACAUAUUACCCACAAGGAUGUGGGCGAAGUAACGGGCGGUCUUUGGCAUAUUUUGAUUUUGAUUUUUCCUUUUUUUGUUCAUAAUUACUGAAGAAGCCGAUAGGAAGAGCUUUCUUCUUUUUCUUUUUUUAACAUAUACCAGGCAUAUGGAGUGAGACGGCGUCUUUCAACAAAGACAACUCAACGCGGGCAAUCGCGGUUUUGAUUUUAUUACGACUUCUCCAUUGCGUGAGAGAAAAAGCGUGUUGGUUACACGCUCCAAACGAUAUUUGCAUUAACAAGGGAACACUAGCCGCCGGGUGCGCGCCGACCUUUCGAUCGAGAGCGAACGAGUGCCGGCGGCGACGUGUGUUUCGGCGUUUUACGGGGAACAUGAAAGAAGUUCAACAUUUUCUUUUGCUUUUCUCGGCAUUCUCUGACCGAAUACAAAACAAAGUCUUGGUUUUGGACGAUGCAAAAUCGGUGAUCGGCAGGGUGGAUAGAAAAUGGGGAAUACAUAGUUAGCAAGGGCUUCUUGCCCGUCAGGAAGCUCUUUAAUUCAUUGAUUUUAACCCCC